GCACCCUACGAUUGCUGAGUGUACAAAAGAGCUAAAGAUGGAGCUUGUGCCGGACUCUGCGCUGUUAAACAGAACGGUGAUGGUUGUGUGGCAUGGCGGGACCACGCCUGAGGUGCUGCAGCCUCUCGUGAAGCGACUGAGAGAGCGAGUCGGGGAGAAAGGGCGAGUGAUGCUGGAAAACGCCGACCGACUGGAAAGCAUUCCUCACGAGGAGUCCUCGGUGGAAGUGGUACUGACAGGGUUCCUCCCUCCCCCCUCCCUCACCCACUCCCCACCUCUCCUGGGAGAGUUGGCCCGGCUCCUCAAACCUUCUGGCCUCCUCUUUCUCAGAGAGCCCAUCACCACCACCACAACUGCCUCUGGUUCAGUGGAGGGUGUUCGUUCGGUCAAGAAGCUGACAUCAGCUCUCAAACUCUCUGGAUUUGUUGAUGUGUCAGAGGUGGAGGCGAGUGAGUAUUCCGGUCUGUUGGCUGGUCUGCAGGCAAACGGAGUGACUGCUGGACAAGAUACAAUCUCAGUAGCCUUUGUGUCAGCCAAGAAGCCGUCCUAUGAAGUCGGAGCUAGUUCUACACUAUCAUUUGCCAACCGACUUCCUCAACCGACCAACAAAGUGAGCUCUGAGACUGCCAACGUUUGGUCUCUCGAUCCAGCGGAUGACAAUUUGGACAUGCUGGACUCUGACACUCUGUUAGAGGAGGAAGAUCUGGUCAAACCUGAUCCAGACUCUCUCAGAAGUAUAUAUGUCCUACUACAGUUUCCAUGAACUAGUCAUUACUACGAUUGUUAUAUAUGUAGGUCAGUGUGGACCAAAUAGUGGGAGAAAAAGAGCAUGCAAAGACUGUACAUGUGGACUGAGGGAAGAAUUGGGGAACGAGAACCCAGUCACCCAGACAAGAACAGCGACAUCUUCUUGUGGAAGUUGCUACCUUGGUGAUGCAUUUCGCUGUGCUAGCUGCCCGUACCUCGGGAUGCCGGCCUUCAAGCCUGGAGAGCAGAUAAGACUCUCCAGCAGACAGCUCAAGGCUGACCAGUAACAUCCUCAGCUGAAGGCUGACCAGUAACAUCCUCAGCUGCAGAACGUAGCAGCAAAACGCUCGUAACAACACUCUUCUGCAUGUUGUGGUUUUAUUUAAUUGUCUUGUGUGUGUUUCUCUGGCUCUCUGUAACUGGAAUAAUUAUUGUUGACGCAUUGAACACGAAUCCCAGAAUGAAUGC